AUGACUGACGUAUUUGAAAAUCGUCGUCUUGUGAUGAAGCAAGCUUGUGAGUCCCACUGGGCGUUGAACCUGGGUAAAAAACUAAACACCUGGUCCAUCCUCUACGACAACCCAAAGAACAUGGUGUACUGUCACGUUGCCAAGGCCGGCUGUACCACGUGGGGUCGGAUAUUCAGCUUCAUCAGUCGUGCAGAUGAGAUGAGACGGCUGAAUAUCACAUCCCCGUUUGAAAUACAGCGUAGAAAAGUCCACUAUGGGCCUUUGCUUCCUAUUGGAAAUAAAAACUGGGAUAAUCUAAAACCUGAACUUCCUACCACGGCCAAAAAGUUCAUGUUCACCAGAGAUCCGUACGCGCGGCUGUGGAGUGUGUACCUGGACAAAUUCUACUUGCCAGAUUUUUUGGACUACUACCUGAGUUACAAGAUGCAUAAUUUAACCAAAUGUUUGUCAAAUAAAGAGUUAGUCAGAAGUAUGUGGUAUGUUUUUCAAGCCAAUGGUCACAUACGAUCAAGCUCUCAAUUUCCCGAAGACCUUCCUGAUUACACUGAGCCAACUGUUCGCACAGUUUUAGAGAACUUGGUUAGGGGAAACCCGAUCACAAAAGAGGAAUCCCAAACACAGAGACGGUCGUCACUUGUCGAAGCGUAUAAAACUGUGACGUCUGCGCAUGUCAGAGCUAUUCAAGAAAAAUUUCAAGCUGAUUUUGAAAUGUUUGAGUACGACAUACGACCACCAAUUUAG